AUGUCAACCUUCAAUAUAAGGCAAUUGGAAGAUAGUGCACGUGACGUGGAUCCGGAUCUUCGUUACAUGGCGCUCGAAGACUUCGCCAAACAUCUAAACAAUCCCAAAGUUCAGGCCAGAAAUGUCUCCAGUUUCAUCCCACUCCUUAUAACUUUGCUCAAUGACAGUGCCACUGAGGUUCAGAAUCAAGCAGUCAAAUCAUUCGCUCCUUUGGUUCGUCAUAUUGAUGACCAGGAAGUCUUAUCAGUGGUAAACAUGUUGUAUGACGCUGUAUUGAAGAGCUCCAACACCUCCAAGUUCUCCACUUCUGUUCCGAAUUUGGCAUUGCGCUCGAUCUUCAACAACUCAGGAUCUAGAUUUGGGAAAGCAUUAGCAAGGAAUGUGAUUGACUCGUUAUUUCCUCGUCUUUUCGCCACAGAUACCCCUGUCACUAUUGAUAGUAUCGAGAUUAUCAUUGACUUGAUCAAAGCAUUGGGUGGAAACUUAUCCGCAAAUGAGCUUUCAGGCAUGAUUUUAUCUUUGGUUCGCUUCGCCUAUUCAGAAUCUGGCAUCAUUAGUAAAAGAGCGAUUGUGGCGGUUGAUUAUGCGUUGGACCAUGUCCAUCUGGUCACACAAGAGCAAACUGUGAGACAGCUACAAUUCUUCGACAAGGUUGUGAACGACAUUCACCUCACCUACACAGCUACUAAUAAAGGUGUGACUGCAAAGAACACCCAGUUCACCUUGCUCCAAGUUGUGCUUGCGAAGGCUAACAAAGCCAAGCGUGAUGUAUUCUCAGAAGUCUCAGCUCUGAUCAUCUUUUCUGAGAUUAGCACCAGUUUGAAGCUUGACUCGCUUGCCAGAUCCCUCAAUGCGGAAGACUUGGAUGUCGAUGUCUUGGUUCUGGAGAACCUGGUUCGUGAAGAUGCACUCAUCACUCUCUCCAGCCUCAUCAAUUGCAUUACCUAUGAGACUUUCCUUCACGCCUACGCCCAUCCUGUCGUGGAGAUUGUCAAAGCGUUUAUCGCAUAUGACCCACUUAGAUAUGAUAAUUCUGACGACGAUAUCGAGGAUGAUGAAUCUGAGAUUGACUUUUCUGAUGAUGAGGAGUCGAUCGAGGUUGAAACCGCUGAGGAUAAUGAUGGUUUGGCAUCCAAGCUUAGACUUCAAACCAUAGUGUUGAUAAAGCAGAUGACGCAAGCUUAUCCGGGAAUUCUCGGCAUCAUCUAUGGCGAAAAUUUGGUGGAACCUCUCAUUGUGGCCAUCGGCGACAAGAAUGAUACGGUGUCUAACGAGGCCAUUUUUGCCACCAUUACCGUCUUGAAAGCCACUCACGCCGCUGCAACUGUCAGAUCACGUCCUAAUUCUGACAUAAGCAUGAUGACUGAGAGCGGAAACUCAGGAACCCCCUCAUCGCAAAUGACAACAAGAUUACCUCCACUUCUUGAGGACUACGUCUUUAAUUGUCUCUUGACGACCAAAAAUAUCGCAAGAGUCUCGACCUCUAAUGCAUUGAUUGAGUCAAUGGUUCGGGUCCUUGCAGUUUUCUUGUCCCCAUCAUUCUUGGAGAAUUUGUCGAAUAAAUUCGAGGAAUUCAAGUUAACCCUCAAGACAAAUCCUGAUUUGAUUAAGCUAUACAAAGUUAUUCUCAAGACCUACACGAUCGAGGAUAUACCCCCAAGCUUCUUAGAUUCAUCUUUGAUGAUCUCGUUGACUUACUACAGCUUUAUUUCCGAUAUCCUAACAGUCUGCAACGUGUUCUACCCAAAGGUGGCCGGCAAUCAGGAAUAUGUCGCCUUAGUCAACAAUACCUUGUUUACUCCAAUUGCGGAGAAGAUCAAUGUCAAGCAAUACUCAAGUGAUGUGAGACAACACUCAUUAAAUUCGCUCACAGAGCUUAUCGUGAACUUGGAUGUGUCGGAAAACAAUCUCUCCCAUGCCAUUGAUAUCUACAAAGAAAGCAUGAACUACGAGGUCACAGUUAAUUUUACCAUUGAGAACCUCAUCACUAUAUGUCAAAGGAGACCUCAGGUGUUCGACAAUCGUGAUUUAUGCAACCUAGUUGUUGCCAAGCUUAACUCGUACCUCUCAUCCAGCGAUUCGAGUUUGUAUGUCAACUCAUUAAUUCUACUUGAUGCCAUCUUCGUCAACACGCUUUUUAAGGGCGAAAAAGGAGACUUGCAAACUUUGACCCAAAACGUUUUUCAUUUGUUACUGGAGACCAAUGAUCCCAACCUCAUCAAUAGGGCAAUCUGCAUUCUUGGUCAUGCCCUCAACUACAUUCCCGCUGAUGGUGACUUUUUCAAGAAGCUCAUCAAUCAGGUCAUUAAUAUCAAGUGGAUUGAUGAGGACGACGUCGAGUUGCUGUCUCUCGAGUACUUGAUAAACCAGGUCACUAAGAAGUCAUCGCUUUCAGGUCAAGAGUUAUAUGAUAUUGGGUUGCAGAACCUCGUUUUGAGAAACUUUUUGAGUGCUAAAGUGUUGGCGAUCAUCACACUUGACUGUGACCUCAAUGACAGAGUCUCGACCGAACUCGACUCGUUCUCUGACAAGACGGUUUCCUCGUCUUCAUUUGACAAGAUUGUGUUCGAUAUUCAAUACUUGGGAUGCAUUGGUGAAGCAGUAGCCUUGACCGGGGUGACGUUUGAUGACUUCUUUUCGCUUAUGAUUUCUGACAACAACGACAUUCUUUGUCUCGCUGCGGCGAGAGCUGUUGGCUUGUGCAUCAAAAGAGAUGUUGAAACAUACUUGCCAGUACUUUUAAAGUAUUACCACUCAUCAAGCCAGAAUUCAGAACAAAAGGGCAGCUUGGUUUUAGUGGCUAUCAAGCAAUUGAUGAAGGGCAACAUGAGUCACGAAAAACAGAAUUUGUUGUCCCACAUCUGGCACAAUGUCUCGGAAUUAAAGUUGGCAGGUGAGGUUUUGGCCAAGAUAUGCGAGUUCACUAAACUGGACGAAUACCAGAAUAAGCUAUUUGACGUGUUGGAGAGUGGAGCUCUCGAGAAUAGUCAGAUCGAGCAUGCCAUCUACACUGUGGUGGUCAUCACAAAACAAUUGAUCAAUGACUCGGAAUCGCAGGAUUUGAACGUGCAGCUAGUGGAGGAGAUUUUGCGGUACCUCUCGAAACCUAACUUAGAACUCAAGCAGGCCAUUGUUAGCACGCUCUUGACUGGCAUACACAACAAGUCGCUCUUAAUCCCGGAUUUCCUCAACAACAUCAUUCUACCAAGCAUUUACGAAGAAUUGGAUGCAAAAGAAGAAUUCAAAAAGGUCAUCCCAAUGGGUCCUUACAAGUAUGUUGUGGAUGAGGGGCUCGAGGUGAGAAAGCUAUGUUACGAGCUCAUUAAUGCCAUUAUCAAUAUUGACAAUGAGCGCUUGAUGGACAAGGAAGGAGGCGUGAAUCAGACGAAAAUGUUUGAGGUUUUGCUGGUCAAGGGUCUCAAUGACACUGAGAACAGCAUCGUGAUCAUGGCGAUCCAAAACCUCCUACAGAUUGUUUCAAAUGACGAGAACGUCUUGCAUGCGAUUACCAACCAGCAAGAGAUGAUUUCCGCUUUGACCAAGGUGAUCAACAAAAAAUUGCGGAGUAAAGCGAGCACGCAAGAGGCUGAAAGUCAGGAAGAGUCAUUGAGGAUGGCGAUCAAACUUCUGAAAGUGAUCAAUAACGUGCUUAUACACAGCAACAGUACGAGUGGUGAAUGGAGCAGUUAUUUCCAUGAGUUGAGGAACAAGCAUCAUCUUUUGUUUAAUGCGGUGGAGCUUCAUCAGCACAUCCCCCUCCUAUGUGACGAGCUUACCCAGAGAUUGUGGGCGUUUGUAGUGGCAUUAUUUGUUACUGCCAUAGAGCGGAUCUGGCUGGUGCUAGAUCUGGGGCUCUACUUUGUUAUGAACGGGAUUCUCAUGGCGUUGCUGUUUGCCGACGCCUUGUUGGAUUUCUCUGAUCGGGCAGUACGCAACUACGAGCUCGCCAAAAAAGUCUUCAAGUUGUCAAUGUACAACAGCAUCAACUGA